UGUGUGUGUGUGUGUGUGUGUGUGUGUGCGCGCGCUUGAAUGGUUACGUGCACGCGCCAAUCUGACAUCAUCAAAACACGGAAGUGAACUGGAAAAAAAAAAAAAGCGGACCUGUCGGAAAGGUAGCUGGAGAUCAACAGUGUCUCCUCACAUGGCUCAGAAAUAUCUCCCCACCAGCCUUUCCAGAUACCUGGAUGGAGAUUUCUGGCGGACCAAAGACAUCCUCCGGGAGGAAAUCUCCAGAUGUGAACUGUUCCAGCAGAGCAGCUACGACCUGAACCUGGAGCAGAUCAGAGAUCUAACUGCACAAAGGUUGCACUUUGUCUUGAAACUGCCCCUGAUGAAACAACAUCUCAAUGAUCAGGUGGCUGGAAGAAAGAACGGUUUCAUAAGCAAGAGCCUGUGCAUCACAGAGCUGAUCUGUUCUGCAGACAUGGCCACCGGAGUGAAGAUGGGAGUUGUGUGUGGACUGUAUGGUGGAGCCGUCACUAACCUCGGCAGUCCAGAGCAGGUGGAGAGAUUGUACGUACCCGUCACAGAGUUGGUGUUCACUGGGAUGUUCGCCAUGACGGAAAGAGGUCAUGGGAGUAAUGUUCGGGGAAUACUGACUGAAGCUCACUAUGACCCUUCAACACAGGAGUUUGUGAUCCACACACCUUGUGAAAAUGCACAGAAGAUGUACAUUGGGAACGCGCUGAGAGGGAACGCUGCUGCUGUUUUUGCACAGCUCAUGAUCAGUGGAGAAUGCCACGGUCCGCACUGCUUCAUUGUGCCGGUACGAGAGCAGAAUGGGGACAUGUGUCUGGGAGUAACUGCUGUUGAUAUGGAACAUAAAGAAGGCCUACAGGGAGUUGACAAUGGUAUCUUGAUAUUUGAUCAUGUCAGGAUACCACGUGAAAACCUGCUGCACAAGUUCGGUUCUGUGUCUGCUGAUGGACGGUACUCGUCUCCUAUUCAGAGUAAAAGCAGACGCUUUAACGCCAUGCUCGCCGCUCUCACCCCGACCCGUCUGGCCCUCACUGUGCAAGCAAUGGCUGCUAUGAAGCUGGGACUCAUCAUAGCAGUGCGCUACAGUCACAGCCGCAGGCAGUUUGGGCCCAAAGACCAAGAUGAGGUUAAAAUCAUGGAGCACCAGACGCAGUACCUGCGGUUGAUGCCCCACCUGGCUGCUGUCCUUGCUCUCACCUUCACCACUAGAUAUACUGCAGGGCUGAUGGAUGAAGCUCUGUGUCAGGGGCAGGAUCUGCAGAGUAAUCGUCCCCUGCAGGCGCUGGUUGCGGGUCUCAAGGCCUACAGCACUUGGACUAACGUGGCCUGUCUACAGGAAUGCCGUGAGUGUACCGGGGGAAUGGGCUUCAUGAUGCAGAACAGGAUCCCGUCUCUGAAGUGUGACUCGGACGUCUUUGUGACUUUUGAAGGAGACAACAUGGUCAUGCUGCAGGUGGUGGUUCGUGAACUUUUGAGCCAGUACUCCAGACAAACUGGGAACAGUGUGAUGUAUGGACUCAAAAACUGGACCUGUUCUGCCUCCGACAGCCUCAGAACCAGCUUUCCCAGUUUAUUUAAUGAUAAAGUAGGAGAUCUGGGCUUCCUGCUGAAAGCGUUGUGCUACAGAGAGAGGAUCUUACAGCACAGUCUUGCUGCACGCAUUUACACUAAGGUUCAUAAGAACAAAGAAGAGUUUUUCAGCGCCUGGAACUCGUGCCUGCAUCACGUGACUGGCCUCGCCCUGGCACACAUCCACCGAGUGACUUUGGAGCAGUUCAUGAGGGCAGUGCACGAGUGCCAAGUGAAAGAAGACCAAGCCUUGUUAGAGAAGUUCUGCCUCCUGCAUGGAACAGGUCUGGUGUAUCAGGAGCGAGGCUGGUAUCUGGAACACAACUAUAUCAGUAGUGGUGUGAGCAGGCAGCUCCGUAGUCAGCUGUUGGAGUUGUGCAGGUCAGUGAAGGACGAGGCACUGAAGGUGGUGUCAGACUUCAACAUGCCUCCCUGUUGCAUCCAGGCUCCGAUCGCCGGUGUGCCAAACUCCAGGGCACCAUGGGCCUUUUACCCACAGCCUGAGAGCCCCGGUCCACAACCCCAAAGCCUGCAGAGAGCCAAAUCAAAGCUCUGAGGUAUAAAAAGGAAAUCUACAUACCCCAAACACCUGGAUUUAGGUGUGAAGUUAAGCAUUAGGAUGUUUGUGGGGAAAGUCUUUGAGAUCUGGGUUUUGGAUUGUGUGAUGUGAAUUUCUAAGCUUUAUGAUUUGCUCGUUCUGCCAAUAAACAUGGUACGUAAAUCAAACAUUAUUACUGAAGUAUCUGAUUAUAGAAGGUUUUGUAUUUGUCUUGUUUUUGAAUCAUUCAAGGCGAUGGAUAGAUUAAAGGUAUAGCAGGAACUUUAAUCAUCUACAAGGGAACAGUUGUGGAUUUCUUAUGUUCAUUGUCUGGUUGAUAUUGUGUUGAUAUUUUUGUUUUCAUUGUUCAUUGAAAAUAAUAAAUUAAAAUGCACAAUGCUGAUAACGAGAAUUUACAGCUGGAAAUAAAAAUACUGUAAUGAAUUGAAGGUUUAUGUGUAAUAAAAGUGCAGGUUUCUAUAAAAUAAAGAAGCAUACGAAAAAGAACA